CGGCCGCCGCCUCCCGCGCACAUACGGCCAUGGCGGAGGCCUCCUCACUGGAGAGGCGGAGUCCUGGUGUGGCCACCUGUCUCACUCACCAUCUAGGGCCCGGGCAGCCCAGCGUGCAGACAGCAGUGGUGUCCAUGGGCUCUGCGGACCACCAGUUUCACCUCGCAGAGAUCCUGUCGCAGAGCUACGGUGUGCGGGAGGAGAGUGAGGAGGCCGAGGGAGGCCCAGAGAAGUCUGAGGAGGAGCUGGAGAAGGAAUUCAUGUCCCAGAGCAGGGACAUGCCCCUUGAUGAGCUGCUCGCCCUGUACGGCUAUGAGCCCUCAGACCCCAUCUCAGAGCGGGAGAGCGAAGGCAGCGGCCCUGCAGCCCACCUCCCGGACAUGACCCUGGACAAGGAACAAAUAGCGAAGGAUUUGCUUUCAGGGGAAGAAGAGGAAGAGACACAGUCCUCGGCCGACGACCUCACCCCGUCUGUGACCUCCCAUGAGGCCUCCGACCUUUUUCCUAGCCAGAGUGAAUCCUGCCUCCUGGCUGACGCAGACAAAGAGCCUGGCUCCUCCACCUCGUCGGACACGGAGGACCCUCUUCCUGCCAACAAGUGUAAGAAGGAGAUCAUGGUUGGGCCUCAGUUCCAAGCUGACCUCAGCCACCUGCACUUGAACCGCCACAGUGAGAAGAUCUAUGAGAAUGAAGACCAGCUGCUCUGGGACCCCAGCAUCCUCCCCGAGAGGGAGGUGGAGGAGUUCCUGUACCGGGCUGUGAAGAGGAGGUGGCACGAGGUGGCCGGGCCACAGCUCCCAGACGGAGAAGCUGUGAGGGACAGUGAACAGGCGCUAUACGAGCUGGUGAAAUGCAAUUUUAAUGCAGAGGAAGCCCUGAGGAGGCUGCGUUUCAACGUGAAGGUGAUCCGAGAUGGCCUCUGUGCCUGGGGCGAGGAGGAGUGCCGGAACUUUGAGCACGGCUUCCGAGUGCACGGGAAGAACUUCCACCUGAUCCAAGCGAACAAGGUGCGCACGCGGUCGGUGGGCGAGUGCGUGGAGUACUACUACCUGUGGAAGAAGUCAGAGCGCUACGAGUACUUCUCCCAGCAGACACGGCUGGGCCGGAGGAAGUGUGGCCCGCCAGGAGCCACGGACGCCGACCAGGAUCUGGACAGCAGCGACCCUGAUGGCCCUGGACGCCCCCGCUCCUCGCCACCUCUGCCCCCUGCCACCGACAGCUUGGGCUCUGAGCAGGACCCCAUGGCACAGAUGCACACAGAGUCGCUCAGCGUGGACAGCACGGCCAGCAGUCUUGGCAAGCCUGGGGAUGGUGCCGAUGGCCUAUCGUCCUCUGAGCCAGGGCCCUGUCCGUUCCAGCAGCUGGACACAUCCUCGACUGUGCCCCUGCUCCGGCGGCCCCCAGCCCUUGCUGAGCCUGCCUUCUGCCCCCUGGCUGUGGCCUCCCCGGAGCCCAGUACCAGCCCACGACUGGCCGUGGACCUGGCCUCUCCUGGUGUCCUCCCGGAAGGGCUUCCUCUCCUCUCCAGCCAGGCAGAUGUGAGCGGGGGUCCCGAGGACGCUGUGGCCCCCACCCAGGUGGCCCUGUCGGUCACCGAGUUUGGACUCAUCGGCAUCGGGGACGUGAACCCCUUCCUGGCUGCCCACCCAGCAUGCCCGGCCCCUGGGCUGCACGCGGAGCCCCUGUCACACUGUAAUGUGAUGACCUGUUGAUCCCUGGCCUCGGGUAGGCGUGUGUGGCCCGGACUGGACUUGGGGUCACUGGGACCUGCCUGUCAGUCUUCCCAACCCUCCCCCCAUCGCGGGCCUUGGGUCGCACAUCCUCUGCUUCAGAACUCUUCAAGGACUGGGGUGAGCGGUGGCCGGGCUGCCGCCCCCGCCGUGGGACCCGCCAGGCAGCUGGUGCCAAGGGCCUGGUGCUGGCCAGCCAGCGAGGCAAGGAAAGGUCCCGCCAUCCUGGGAGGGAGACAGAGCAGGACGCCGCCCCCCACCAGCAGCCCCCGCCUGGGCAACCUCAGCUUGCUGCUCGGCUCAUCUUGUGCUCCUGGCAGGGCCCCAGGCGACUCCAGGGCUCGGUGGGCGGUUGCCACUCGGUGCCAAACCCCAUGGGGCACAGAGCCAUAUACCUCGAAGUCAGCCCGCCCCGCCCAUCCCUCCACUUCAGGAAAAGCGCACUUUACGCCCGCCUGCCUCCUCCCUCUCCCCCACAAGGGUUCGAGGAGGAAGGUGACCUGCACCCCCCUUGGUACCAAGGCACUGCCGCCUGCUGCCCAUUCCCCCAGCCCCCCAGGUCAUAUUUCUGUUGAAGCUCCCUAGCAAGGUGGCUUGGGGUCCUGGCCCCUUUCUCCCCCCACUUCCUGUUUUAUUUAUGUUUUGUUCACACAUGGAAGUGGGGUUCCCCAGGGGGGCAGGGCAGUGCUCCCCAGCCCAGAGUGUCACCCAGAGAGGGUUUCGGCUUGAGCCUGUCUGCAGUGUUGGUUCGGCUUCCCUCGUACCACGGCCCACACUGUGAAGUGACAGCCGCCUUGAUCCCCUUGCUGUUUUAUUUAUUAAACUUGAUUUG